AUGUUUCGAACUACUCCACCAAGUCUCUUUCGCCAACUGCCCGCCCUUCUCAAAUUUAAGCUUCAUCAACCCUUACCCUUGACUCAACGUGAAUCUACACAAUUACUUGAACUUCUCACAACAUCAUUCCGACAACAGCUUGACUCGGAGCAUGGCCCUUCGCACACGAGUAGCAAUGUCGAAUCAACCCAAUCCAAUAAACAGCAUCAAAAUGGAAGGCCCAGGCGCCUCUCAGAUUCUGGUCAUAAGCACACCGAUCGACACAUCAAAUCCAUUCUCACAAAUCCUCUUUUCAAUCAACGAACGCAACAAAGGGGUGAGCCUGGAUCCACGCAGGAUCCAAUGGAUACAUUUGAUAGGGCUGUUGGGCGCGGAAUGAUGACUUUAAACUAUGCCAAAGCGAUUUUGGUGGCAAAAAAGAAACAGCUUCAGUCCUCGCACGAAACGUUGGAAGAAAGUAUGAAGAAAUCAGGCGCCGGACUCAAAAUCUUAAAGUGGUUGACGUCAAGUGGUAUAAACCAGAACAUUGACUUCUUAUUGCAAGAUCAAAGAUUUGCAAUUCUUCUCUUUGAAUUUAUGCGUGCAGAAGGUUAUGAAGAAGUAUUUUGGGAGUGGAUAAGCAAAGCCAUUCACAAUACCAACGCUACAGAAUUUGAAUGCCGUGCUGUGGCUCACCUCCUUUCUAAAAUUGUUACACUCACAGCCAGACUCGAGGCAUCGUUCAAUGAUUCAAUCUCUAUUUUACUUCGAAUAACAGACAUGUCGAAAGACUUGCGAUUCGAAAAGGCUCACGGUCUUUUGACAGAGCCUGGACAGCAUGUGUUUCACUUAAUUGUCGAGUCUUCUCGACAAGUGCGAGAGGCCACUUCAAUAGAAGCUUUUAAGAUAUUCCAACAAAUUUUGCCAGCGUUCAGCAUCCAUGACGUUGACCUGCACACUUUAGAUUUGUAUUCCCCAUACCAUCGAUCCGCAGACCAUUUCUUAGAAUUCCUCCGACAACAACAUUCUUCAAGAGGGUCAGAAAGCGAAGACCUUAUACAACCAUUUGAGAAAAAUGAGGCGAAGAAGAUGGUCUCGAUAUCUCUGAUGGCAGCCAAAAUUCUACUUGAGCAGAAUCGGGUCAAUGAUGCAACUUGGGUAAUGGAAUACUUGCGCACAAAUUAUCCUAAACUACUAGGAAUUGAAGCAGAUAAUCAGGAACGGAAAGGAGAAGUUGAUGAGGCAUCAAGCAUUCAAAUACUAGAGUCCUUUAGUAUAGCUUGA